AUGUUCGUGUUUUACAAAGAGACCACACGAACAUUGAAAUCUUCUUCCAUUAGGAAAAAAAGAAUAGCAUCAACUUUAUUGUCAAAUAGUUCGUCACCAACAACAGUUGUAGCAGAACAACAUCGUCGUUGCUAUCCUUCUACUUCGUCUUCAAUACCCUCCUGUUCAGUGCUGAUUUUUUCAGCUGUUGAUAUCUUUUUUCGACUAACAGAGGGUUUUGUUGGUCAAGUUGAAGAAGUGCAUAAGUAUUGUUUCCAGAAAAUUAUGAGCUCACGUCAUUCAAAUCAAGAAAACUCAUCAGUUUACGAAAGUAAUCGAUCGCGCCGUCAACAACCAACACCAUCAAAUAUACCUUCCAAUCAACAAGAACCAUUAAAUUCAUCUCCUUCACAUAGUGAUCAAGCCUCAAAAGCCUGUUGUUUUUGUUGGUGUUGCUGUUGUUCCUGUUCGUGUUCAAAAAUUUUCAACAAUCAAAUGACUCAAGUUGUACCAGAACAUGUGGCUCACGCCAAACUCCGUGAUAGUAUAAAUAAUAAUAAUAAUAAUAAUAAUAAUACUCGAAAAGAAACAAAUAGUACAUAUAAAAUUCGAACACAACGUUCAAUACCUGCUACAUUAAGUACGAUAUCUGUUACAUGUGAUACAGAUACAUCUCUAAGAUCUUAUGAUAAUUGUCAUCAACAAUUAUCAUUAUUAAAAAAACCAUUAAUAUCAAAAAAUAAUUUAACUAUAUCACGUUCAUCAUCUGCUUUAAUGAAUACUAAUGUUCAUUCUCCUUCAACAUUAUUUCGUAAUCAUCGUCGAUAUAAAUCAACUGGUAAUAAUAGUUUAUCAUCAAUGUCACCUCAUAUAACAACAAAAUCAGAAAUAAAUAAUAUUCUACAUGAAAAAUCACCAUUAAAAUCAUCAAUAUCAAAUAAACAUUUAAUAAAAACAACAAAUAUUGAAUAUGAAACUACUGCUACUAAUAGAAUAAUGAAUUCAACAAAAAAUCUUUCAAAUAAAUAUAAAUCAACUUCACUUGAUGAUGAUCAUCAUCGUCAUCAUCGUCGUCAUUAUUCACAUACAAAUCAAAAUCGUGAAAUUGGAAAAAGUGUUCUUGAACAUCUUGUUUUUGCCUUUCCUGACAAUGUUCGAAGAAUGCUUACAGGAACAAAAAAUUUAACCGUGCGCACCGACGACAAUCGUCAACCAGCUGAACCUAUAGAUCUAGGAGAACCACCAUCCAUUGAAGAAGUAAAAAGUUGGGCAGAAUCCUUUGAUAAAUUAAUGCUUAGUCCUACUGGUCGUCGUUAUUUUCGUGAUUUUUUACGAUCAGAAUAUAGUGAAGAAAAUUUUCUAUUUUGGAUGUCUUGUGAAUCCCUUAAAAAUGAACAAAAUCCUGAAAUAAUCGAAGAAAAAGCACGAUUAAUCUAUGAAGAUUAUAUAUCAAUAUUAUCUCCGAAAGAGGUAAGUUUGGAUAGUCGAGUACGUGAAGUAAUCAACAAAAAUAUGGUUGAACCAUCACCACAUACAUUCGACGAAGCCCAAUUACAAAUUUAUACUUUAAUGCAUCGUGAUUCCUAUCCACGUUUUAUUAAUUCACUAAUGUACCGGCGAUUACUACGUAAUGAAGGCGCAAACACUUGA